GUUGUCAGGAGGUUUGGGACCAGAGAGAUCUUUCUGUGCUCCCCUUCAUUGCUUCGACAUCCCAUUUGAAGGAGCACCAGUCGGUCCAGCAGACUGCAUGUCUGUCCGGAUUCAAGAGUUUAUUGUCAUUGUUUGGCAAACAACGAAAGCGUCUUUGCCUCUAAGGAUGACCUGCCUGACCGAUGUGCUCCACUCUCCUCUCAAACAGGCAUUUCUGUUUUUCUGGCUGCUGCUGGGGAUUCAGAAGCUGAUGGAGAUGCAGCUGACCUGCCCGUGUAAGCCUGGGGUGAACGAAGCGUUCGCGGCCUUCAUGUUCAUCGUGCCGGCUCUGCUGGUGUUCACCGUAAUGUUGCUUCUUACAAGGCCAUGCAAACACCCUUGCAGGAGGGGGUCAAGCCGAUUUGCAGAGGGUCUCAUGCCUUGCCUGAUUCCACCUACUUUGUGGGUCAUUUUGUUGCUUCUGAACGGUCAGUACGUGGCCUGUGGGUUAACAUAUUGGAAAGGAAUCUAUGUCUUGGAUGAAGACAAGCCUCCUUUGUUGUGGUGUGAACCUUCUAGUUCAAGAGAAUCAGUGGAAAAAGCGCUGUACCGACGUUUUAUUGGAUGGUCACAGGUUGCAGGCCUUCUUCUGGUGUGUUCCAUCUGCAUUGCGACCGUGGUCACUGUGGGCUACCGAGACUGUCGCCGGGCUGGAGAGGGAACCACAUCAGAGGAGGAGGCCCCAAUCCUUCAUUCCUGAGGUUCGCUGGAGUUUGGAUGAAAACCCUGGUCGUGUUUCCAGUUCAGAUAAUUUCUCAGCCAAUAUACAGUAAAUAUGCAGUGCAGGUGAGAUGUUGAGCAUUAAACGUAGAAGUGAGUACCAGUGUUUCCCGUUAACUGUUCCAGCCAUUUAGAUACUGACAGGACUUAACCACGUUUAUUUCCUAAGGUUAAAAAUUCCCUCACCUGAAAUCAGUUUGGUUUAAUGUGAUAAACACAUAACGAAGGUGUGAAACAAGUGAGUGCUCCCCCUGCUGGACGUUUGCAGACCUCAGCCAUCAACUUCCUAACAUUUGUCAAGAUAAUGUCUACUAAUGAAUAGAAAUGAUAUAUUGAUAUAUAUUAAUAUUAAUAUAUAUGUAUUAACAUACAGAAAAAUGUUUUAUAAACACCAGUAAACCGGACACUGGCCCAGUCUGAACUUCAGUGGUGCAGUUCUUCAGAACUAAAGGGACUAUGUAUGAAUUCCUUGCCAGUUUGUUGGCAUGUAUUGAAAAUAAAAGAUGUAAAGUUUGACUUU